AGCCUUAAAAACAUGGAGAACUACAUGAAUAAUUCACCUCUCCCUUUAAAAACGACUGGAUUCUAAAACCCUUGCGUUUUUUACUCACUAAAAAGUGAAAAAAGCCUCCCUUUCUCCCUCUACAACCACAAAAAUGGCAAUAUGUUGUUUUCCAUCUCCUUUGAAACCUAUAACCCCAGCAACUCCAUUAACAAAUCUUAAACCCAAAAGACCAGACAUCCUUCGCUGUAACUUCUCUCUGCCCACCAUCACAACCACCGAACCCGAGCCAGUUUUCACAUCCGUCAGAUCCUUCGCACCUGCUACUGUCGCCAACCUUGGCCCUGGCUUUGAUUUCCUUGGAUGCGCCGUCGAUGGCCUCGGCGACUUCGUCUCUCUCCGUGUCGACCCCUCUGUCCACCCCGGCGAGCUCUCCAUCUCCGAUAUUUCGGGGCCCAAAAAGCUCUCCAAAAACCCACUCUAUAACUGUGCUGGCAUCGCUGCUAUCGCCACCAUGAAAAUGCUCAACAUUCGCUCUGUGGGUCUCUCUCUUUCCCUCGAAAAGGGCCUUCCUUUAGGAUCCGGACUCGGGUCCAGCGCUGCCAGUGCUGCGGCGGCGGCUGUGGCUGUGAAUGAGCUGUUUGGAAGAAAAUUGGAGGUGAAAGAUUUAGUCUUGGCUGGAUUGGAAUCAGAAGCUAAAGUUUCAGGUUACCAUGCUGAUAAUAUAGCGCCAGCAAUAAUGGGUGGUUUUGUUUUGAUUAGAAGUUAUGAUCCGCUAGAGUUAAUGAGUUUACAAUUCCCAGUUGAAAAAGAUUUGAUCUUUGUUCUUGUUAGUCCUGAUUUUGAAGCACCAACUAAGAAAAUGAGGGCCGCAUUGCCUGCUGAAAUAGGGAUGCCACACCAUGUGUGGAAUUGUAGUCAAGCUGGGGCUUUUGUGGCUUCAGUGUUGCAAGGGGAUUUGGUGGGACUGGGGAAGGCAUUGUCAAGUGAUAAAAUUGUGGAGCCUAAAAGGGCUCCCUUGAUUCCUGGGAUGGAAGGGGUUAAGAAGGCGGCUCUAGAGGCAGGAGCUUUUGGAUGUACAAUUAGUGGGGCGGGGCCAACAGCGGUGGCAGUGGUGGACAGCGAGGAGAGAGGAGUGGAGAUUGGGGAGAGAAUGGUGGAGACUUUUUGGAAAGAAGGCAAUCUUAAGGCUGUUGCUUCGGUUAAGAGGUUGGAUAGAGUUGGUGCUAGACUUGUUGGUAGUGUUCCUAGAUGAUGAUGAUUGAUCAUGUAAUAUGUUGGUUUUGAUUUGAUUUGAUUUGAUAUGGUGUGAAAUAACAAGUCUGAAUAGCAGCAAAUAUCAACUCACCAAGCAAGCAAGUAGAGGAAAGGGCUUUUGUUUUACUCCUGUAUUAAUGCAAGUGAACUUGGAAUGUUUUUGGUU